GAAAACUCAAGUAUCAACAACUUUCUUUUUCUGCUUUGUUAUAAUCUCAUUUUGCACUUGAGUUUGGAUUAAUAUUUGCAUGAGAUGCGUUGAUGGGAUUCUUGGCAAUGAUCUCUGCUCUCCAUUGAAAAGUGGUUGCCGUAUCUUUUGUUGAGCAAUCUUUCCGGUGGUCAACACUGACAGAGGUUCAAACUUCUAAAAGAUGAUGUCAAGCGUUCGCCAUGGAAGUAACCCUCCUAAGAAAAAGGCUUUGUACGACCAGUUUCUAGAUGAAUUGCCCGCAGAUGAUGAGACACCGUCCAAGUGGAGAAUCCCGGGCCUCGGCCAUAGCAGGAGCCCUUCUACAGGCUCUACGGACGAUUCUAAUAAAGGUGAGGAAGGGGUGUCUGAAGGAGAGUCCAUUGCAAGUCCUCGCCCCAUGCCAGAUACGAAAGAAUUUUUAGAGAAGAUUUAUGAGCCAGUGGGUCGAUCUAAGGUUCAUGGAUUCGACUACGACAUAAUGUCAUUGAAAAUGUUGCUUCUCGACGAAAGAAGCCAAUACUCGUUCAAGCUAGUCGGGGUUGUCGGGAUGCUUGGUGUUGGAAAAACAACACUAUGCCGCUUAAUUUUAGAUGAAGAAGAAGUGAAGCAGCGGUUUGUUCCAAGGUUUUGGAUAACCAUGCCGAGUGAUGAGGAGCCCAAUUCAAUGGAAAAAGUUGUUGAAAGGAUGUUGGAACGUCUCGGAGUCGAAGAAGAAAUCAUCACGUCUAUUUCCAAAAAUCAUGAACUUCCUGGGUUGCUCUACGCUCUUCACCUGCAUCUGAAAGGUAAGAGGUAUCUGAUUUUGCUUGAUGGCGUACGAGCGAAGGACGAUUACUAUGAACAUCUAAUAUCUUGCCUAAGAGAUGGACAUGGAUUCCCGAAGGCGUAUGGGGGAGCAGUUAUGGUGACAAGUAGGGAUGAGGAAGCAGUUAAAACGAUGGUCGGGGAGCAAAACUUGCAUCGCCUUCUUCCCCUUUCAAACCCAGACAGCUGCUGGCCAAUAUACCAGAACUUGGAUUCGGUUGCCCAGGUUUCUGGAUCAGAGGCUUCAAAAGAAGUAAAAGAGGAAUUGCUGAAGAAGUGUGGAGGUCUUCCUCUAGCGGCGCGAAUUCUGCGCGAAUUGAAGGAUCUAGAAAAGAAACAAAAAGAUGGUUCAAUUCAAGCACCUGCAGCAUCAAAAGAGGGUCCAACUCAAGCAUCCACGGCUUCAAAUGAGGUUUCAAGUCAAGCAUCUACAGCUUCAGAAGAGGGCCGAAUCCAAGCAUCUGCAGCUUCAAAAGAGGGUCCAACUCAAGCACCUGCAGCUUCAAAAGAGGGUUCAAAUGAAGCAUCUGCAGCUUCAAAAGAGGGUCCAAUUCAAGCAUCUGCAGCUUCAAAUGAGGGUCCAAUUCAAGCAUCUGCAGCUUCAAAAGAGGGUUCAAAUGAAGCAUCAGCAGCUUCGAAAGAGGGUCCAAUUCAAGCAUCUGCAGCUUCAAAAGAGGUUUCAAGUCAAGCAUCUGCAGCUUCAAAAGAGGUUUCAAGUCAAGCAUCUAUAGCUUCAAAAGAGGAUUCAAUUCAAGCAUCUGCAGCCUCAAAAGAGGGUUCAAGUGAAGGAUCAGCAGCUUCAAAAGAGGAUCCAAAUCAAGCAUCUGCAGCUUCAAAAGAGGUUUCAAGUCAAGCAUCUAUAGCUUCAAAAGAGGAUUCAAUUCAAGCAUCUGCAGCUUCAAAAGAGGGUUCAAGUGAAGGAUCAGCAGCUUCAAAAGAGGAUCCAAAUCAAGCAUCUGCAGCUUCAAAAGAGGUUUCCAGUCAAGCAUCUGCAGCUUCAAAAGAGGAUUUAAAUCAAGCAUCUGCAGCUUCAAAAGAGGUUUCAAGUCAAGCAUCUGCAGCUUCCAAAGAGGAUUCAAAUCAAGCAUCUAGAGCUUCAAACGAAUCAGACUUGAAACCUGCAACGACCGAUUAAUCAAAACCAAAAAUAAUUAACCGAAGUGGUAACACCUGCGCCAGAUCAGGCGUAACAUUUCUAUUCGGUUUUAAUAUGAUUGGCUGGCUCUCUUUCUCCGAUUCGGUAAUUACAUGAAGUAAGCACUGUUUUCAGAAUUUAUUUUUGCAUGUGUUUAUUAAUUUGUGUUUGUGGUACUCCAAUAAUAUUGUCUGAUCAUGAUGUAACAGGGACUUCACCCCAUCUAUAUUUUUAGAACUUUUCGGUUGUCAUGAAUUUUUCGUGUUGACAAUAAAAGAGAGUGUUGUGAUUUGAAUUUUGCUGAA